AUGAUUGCACAGCAGAAAGAAGAAUUGUCUCAACUUCAUGCACGUGGUAUGCAUCUAUGUAAUAAACUUCGUUCAUUUAAUCGAAUUGGUCGUAUGCGUGUACAAAAAGCUCGAGAACUUACUGCUGAGCAUCGAAGUCGUCUUGAUGAUCAAACACUUGAACAACAAAAUCUUCUUUAUGAACUUUCUCAUAUUAAUAAAGAAAUCGCACGUUGUGAAGAAUUUAAAUCAAAAGAUGAACAAUUAGAAUUAGUUAGUUUAGAAGAUUUUUAUGCAAAUGCACCACCUGAACUUACUGAUCCAAAUAUUACUGAGAAUGAUCCUCAUCGACUUCAUUUAUUUCAACUUGAUUGGGAAUUAAUGCAAAGAGAAAAAUUACAUGAUGAUUGUAAAGCAUUACAAACUGAAAUUAGUGAUCUUAAAAAACAAAUUGUUCGUCGACGAAAACGACUUCGUUCAUUACGACCUAAACUUAAACAAGUCGUUAAAUCAACAGAUCCUGUUCGUCGGUAUAUUGAAUCUCAAUUUGAUGAUACAAACAAUUUUUCUCAAUCGAUUAACAACCCAUCAAUUGCGAAAUUACCAGAUCCACUCUAUGUUCUUUAUAGUCUUGUUUUGGCUUAUCAACAAUGUGAUGGCCGUCAUAUAACAUGUCAAAUUGAUUCAAAAGAAGAUUCAUCAACAAAUAAUACAACGAAUGAUACUAAUUCAGAUGGUACAUAUACAAAUGGUGAUCUUCAAUACCAAUCUUUAUUGCGUCAACAUCCAUUACAUGUGAAAGUGACAUUAAUACUUUCUCCUGAUCAUACAAGCGAAUUAAUAUUUUCAUAUUUAACGCAAUUAAAUAUAGUUACCGUUCAAGGAAAACUAUCUGGUCUUAAAGCUCAACAAAGUCAAACAUUAACAUCAACUCUUCUUCAUAAUUUACUUGAUGAUAAUGAUAAUGGUCAAUUAUCACCUAAUCCAACAACUGAUUUUCUUUUUCAACAACAAGGAAAAUCAGCACCAAUAUUCUCUGAUGCAAUUGGUGGUUAUCCAUAUCAUUGGAUUCAACAAUUAUGUAAAUGUCAAAUGGUUCCAUUACAACGUCAAGAACUUGUAACGGAUUGUUCAGAAAUAAUUAAACGUUUAACACAACGUAUGCGUGCACGUAUAGCACUUGAUCGAAUACUUAUUAAUUUAGAAAAAAAUGAAAUGCCAUUAUUAGCCGAAGGUAAUGAAACAACAACUAUACUUAAUUCAUCAUUACGUCGUUCAAUAAAUAAUUUAACAACAUUACGUUCAUGGCGUGAAAUAUCAUUUGAUGAUAUCAAUAAAUAUGAAUAUAUGCAAAUACUUAUUAAUGAAAAUUUAAUUGAUAGUAUAACAACAUCAAUAUAUGAAUGUAAAUUUCAAUCAUUAUCACAAGAUGAUAACAAUAAAAUAGUAUUAUAUGCUCAUAUUUUUAUACCGGCUAAUUAUCCACAAGCAAGAUCAAUUAUUUUAUUAAAACUUUUAUUACCAACAAACGGAAAUAAAACAAUAGAACGAACAAGAGCUAAUAGUGAAAAUAUUAAAAGAACAAUAUAUGGUAUAUCAUUUGAUCGAAUUAAGAAUAAUUUAUUAGUUGUAACAAAAUUACAUCUUACUUAG